UUUCCUGGAUUGUGUGGUUCGCUUUUCCGACCGAGAACUGCAAUAAUCUCCGAUCGCUCAGCUGCGUCAGGCUUGUUUACUGUCCAGGAGGUCGACAGGCCCUUUUCAAAGCAUGCAGGUAGACAGUGAAAAAGAUAACUAUACUGGUGUCAUUGCUGAAGGAAUUGAAAGGUCUGAUGAAGCAAACCUUCAGGAGGAACUUGAUGUGUUUCGAGCUCAAUGGAUGUCUGAACUAAAUCCAAAUGGAAGCUCCAGUGGAUCUGACAUGCAGCUUGGUAAAGUCUCUGGCAAGAAACCUCCUUCCAAAUCUUCAGGUAUAAAAGGGAAACAGGAGCUUGCUCGUGAAGAAAAGGCCAAAGAACUGUUCCUGAAAGCAGUUGAACAAGAACAGAACGGAGCAGUCUAUGAAGCCAUCAAAUACUAUCGGAGGGCCAUGCAGCUUGUACCUGACAUUGAAUUCAGGAUCAACUAUGUUCAUUCUCCCGAAAGUGAUGGAAAUGGCAAAGCUUACAACGAAGAUAAGGGAAAAGCCAAGGAAAUAACUGAUCUGUUGCCAUACUUUCAGCAGCAGCUCACCUUACAGGACUCUUUCCACAAAAUGUGUCAGCCUGAGUUUGGUGUGAAUCAGACACACAUAUCGGAGCUCCCAUUUGACGUCCUCAUGUAUAUAUUUCGAUGGGUUGUGUCAAGUGAUUUGGACCUACGAUCUUUAGAACAAUUGUCCAUGGUCUGUCGAGCAUUUUAUAUUUGUGCAAGAGAUCCUGAAAUCUGGCGUUUGGCCUGCCUAAAGGUAUGGGGCAGAGCAUGUAGUAACUUGGUCCUAUACAGUUCUUGGAGACAGAUGUUUCUAGAAAGACCUCGGGUCCGAUUUGAUGGUGUUUAUAUCAACAAGACAACCUAUAUACGUCAAGGAGAGGAGUCUCUUGAUGGUUUUUACAGAGCGUGGCAUCAGGUAGAAUACUACAGAUAUCUGCGAUUCUUCCCUGACAGUCAAAUCAUAAUGCUGACCACACCAGAGGAUCCUCAAUCCAUAGUCCCUCGUUUAUCUGGCAGGUCUCCAAGAAUGGAUGCUGUUCUGUUUGGUCAUUAUCGUCUCUCACAAGAAACAGAUAACCAGACCAAAGUAUUUGCUGUGCUGGCUAAGAGAAAGAAAGAGGAGAAAACUCCAGACUAUCAGAAAUACAGAUAUUACCGCCGUGCUCCUGCUUCUUCUGAGACAGAACAUAGCUUUCAUGUGGGAUUACAGCUUUGCUCCAGUGGUCGACAGCGGUUUAAUAAACUUAUCUGGCUUCAUCACUCAUGUCAGAUUACCUAUAAGUCAACUGGUGAGACUGCUGUUACCACAUUUGAUAUUGAUAAAAUGUACACACCUUUGUUCUUUGCUCGUGUGAAGAGCUUUACAGCAUUUGCUGAAACCCCUCUUUAAUUUGAUCCAACCUGUCAAUUUGGGUUUAGGCUCAUGGCAAAGCACUUUGAUCUUCUACCUUUUGCAUGAGUGAUAUGGCAUUGACUCCACAAAGAGGAAACUGCUUUCUGAGUUUAUAUAGGAUAUUGCUGAAUCAGUGCAUUAUUUUUUAAAGGAGACUUUUGCAAAAAUAAAGUCUGAAAUCUCAAAGUUUCAGUGUGUUGGAUCCCAGAUUGGUUUCUUUGAGAUAUGAAUGAAGAAAGUUAAAUAAUCUAUAAUUAGGCUUGGGGGUUUAAAUAGAAAUCUUGAGGCUGUUAACUUUGGUAUUGUUUCAAUUUUACUACCAAUAUAUUGGUACUGUCAGAAUUUUUACACUGGGUUAUGAGAAUGUAACUGUCAGCAAACUGUCAUUUUUAUUACAAAUGGAAUUGUUCAUGUUAUCUGAGACUCUGCUGGACAACAGUCAUUGUCUUUUCAUGUCUUCUGACUUCAAAGCUUUAACAGAUUGAGAGUUUUUUUUUCAUUAUUUACUUAAAUUGAAAUUAUGUUUGGAUACCAAGAAAAUAAAUGUUUUCUUUCAAUUGGC